UAACAGUCAUUGCGCUGACAUUUUGAAAAACAUUGCAUCGUCCUAAAUUACAUGCUGUUGUAAUGACAUUGUUAAUCAGAUGUUUUUUUGGAUGCAUAUCGGGUGGUAAAUUUUAAGGUAAAAGUGGGCGAUGGGUGACGCUCUUCGGAACGCAGUAUUGAGUCGCUCCAGCUACAUUUUUUCAGCUCGGAAGGAUAAUGCUGAAGAAGUGGCCAAACGACGAGCAGCUAUAAAAGAAGAAAUCGAACAGAGGCAGAGAUUGGCAAGGAAAUUGCACGAUGAAAAAAUGGCGCGGGCUGUCGCUCAGAAAAAAGGGCAUCUAUUGAAACAGCGGGAAGCUCAGCAACGGGAAAUGUUACGAGCAAAAGCGGUUUUGGAUCGUCGCACUCAAAUUUUGGCUGAAAAGGAGAAAGAGAAGAAAGAAGCUAUGUUAGCGAAAGUGCAUGCAUUGGCGUCACGUCUUACAGUACAACAUAAAUCGCGACCAGUAUAUGCGUUUGGUAGCAGCACGCCUCGUGAACUGGAAUAUCUGACCCAACUUACUAGAGAGCAAAAGGUAUAUGAUCGCAAGCUCAUCCCAUCUGAACGUAGUCCAACUGCAGCGUCUGGUUCGUCUAGCCAUGCAACACUGACUCCACCUUAUGAUUCACGUCAUUAUACCGGAGCGUCAAUGACAGAAAGCCUAUAUGUAGCUCGACCGGAGCUGAAGACACGCCAUAAGCGUACUUCAAAUUUCAUGACGCAGUCUAUGUUGAUUACACCGAAGCCGAUCAAGACUACGAAAUUCAACCAAACAUCCAUUCAUCGUCAAUCUGCGGUACAAGCUCCACUAAGUGCUACAAAGGCAGCAUCACCUGUAGUGAAUGAAGUGCCGAUUAGGGCAAAAAACCUUGUUCAACAACAUGUGCCUCCACUUUAUGGACAGAAACCUCCAAUUGUACAAUCUACAUCAUCGGAAGCGAAAAUUACUUUGAAAACUAAGCCUGUGGCAAGAGGAGUACAUAAGUCAACUGGACUAAAAACAUAUAACAAAACCAAGGCUCAAGCUAUACUGCAAAAACCAUCUGGUGAUCAAAUGAAUGAAACAGUUUUAACUCUGGGGAACGACGAUAUCAAAGCUCAAUAUGACAUAGCUACUACAGGAGCUAAAAAUGUCAUAAAUAUAAAAGAAAUCGUAAAUCCGGUUCCUAAUGUCAAUGGAAUUAAAAAGUUAGAUGGGAAAUGUGUUAUGGUGGAAGUUUCUGAUGAGAAAGAAAGGAUGGAAACUACCGACUAUGCUUCUGAAGUUGUGAGAGGUGAUAUGCGGGAAAGUAAUGCUGAUAUGGAAGGAAAGGUAAUUCCUGAAAGUGCACUAGGUUGCGCAACAGAAACCACAGCUGCUCCUCUGCAUGACCUUUCAUGCGAAAAAGAAGAUAAAUCUGUGAGUGGGGCAAAGACGGAUACUGCAGCGCUAGUUUCGAUGGUUGAUAUGGUCGUUGAUCAGGAAACAGAAAUGCAUAAGGAGCAGCAGAAGGGAAAUGGUGUUCUAAAAGAGUCCCAAAUAGAAAUACAAAGUUUUACGGAAAUAUCAGAAAUAGAUCAUGAUGAUCCUGUCACAGUAUGUCCAGAUUCAUCGCAUUCUAAACUUGUUGAUGAAGAGCAAGGAAAUAUAGAAAGCACAGCGGAGGAAUUCGUACAAAAAGAAUCAGUUAUAGAUGAGCGCUUUCCUGAAACUGGACGAGGUUGUAUGCAGGACGAAAUAACCAUUCAGAAACCUUACGAAAUAGCAGAAGAUAAGAAAGAAAGCGGUGUUUCUGUCGCUGAAGCAAACAUUAACCUUGCCAAAGAAGAGAUUGGAUCAUCGGCUCAGAACAAUUCAACGCUGAAGGCUGAUGGAUUGGAAGCAGAAGACUUGAAAUUGGCAGAAGAAAAAAAUUCAAUGGAAGAAAGACGUCGAAUUCAGGACGGAUUUCUGGAAAGAGAACAACGUGAGCGUGAAAUGCGAAAAGCCAAGUUGGCUUCUAUUAUGAGUCGAACACGCGGGGGUGCGCCUUCAGUGUCUGUAGUCCCCCCAGCUCUGCAUAUUGAGAAUUCUGAGAUUGAAGCUUUAAAACAUAAUAAGGCUGAUGUUCCUUUGUCGAGUGAAUAUACGCCAAUGAAAAAUGCUCUUAGUCAUACUACGGCUUCUGUUCUGCAGAAGUUAGCUACAACAAACCCCAAAUUGUUGUCUGUAUUGCAACGGAACGGCUCCAAUCGAUCAUUAGCUGAUGAAUUGUCUGCAGCUGACUCGUCGAUGUCAGUAACAAUUCCAGGUCAUCCUGUUGAUUCGAUUGCCAGUCAAGAAGGCUCUUCUACAAUACGGCACCUGCCCUUCGAGCCCGAUGUUAAUCAUCGACCUGUUGCUAUGAAAUAACUUAGAAUUUAUACUUUUUAUGCAAAAAUAUGUUUUGAUUUCAUUUCGUACCACUCGAGAUUAGAGGAAAAUGAAUGUCGUUUCAAAUCUUAGGAUGAGUAUAAAACUUGAAAAAAAG